GCGGAUUUUUCCCUCAGGAAGACCGAGGGCCCGCCACGGUGGCUCUGGGGCAGUUGCCUGGCGUGGUCGCGUCCGAGGCGGCAAAGCGCUUCCGGCUACGCGGCGCGUCUGAGGAGUUCUCCUGUGCACACAUGUGAGAGAUUCCCAAGAGCACCUACAUGUGAAUGACAUUGCUGGAUUGAAAGGAAUUUCUGCACAUGGCUUCCGAAGAUGUGACCAUUACAGUUCGCCUCAUUCGUUCAUUUGAGCAUCGCAAUUUCAGACCUGUAGUAUAUCAUGGAGUUCAUUUGGACCAAACUGUGAAGGAUUUUAUAGUAUUUCUAAAGCAAGACAUCCCUUCGAGGACCAGCCUCCCACCACCAUUCAGAAAUUAUAAAUAUGAUAAACUGAAGAUUGUUCAUCAAGCACAUAAAUCAAAGACAAAUGAACUUGUGUUGAGUUUGGAAGACGAUGACAGACUCCUGUUAGAAGAAGAUAGCACCCUGAAAGCAGCUGGAAUUGCCAGUGAAACUGAAAUUGCAUUCUUCUGUGAAGAAGACUAUAAGAACUACAAAGCUAAUCCCAUUUCUUCCUGGUGAAAACCUCACAGAGCUUUGUUUUUUUGCAUACUUGUUUUAAGCUCUUUAUUCCACUAGUGAGUUUCUGAA